AUGAGUGCGGCGGCAACUGCAGGGAAGCUGGCGCGGGCACCAGCCGACCCAGGGAAAGCGCCCGGAGUUGCAGCUCCCGGGGCUCCGGCGGCUGCCCCGCCGGCGAAAGAGAUCCCGGAGGUCCUAGUCGACCCGCGCAGCCGGCGGCGCUAUCUACGGGGUCGCUUUCUGGGGAAGGGUGGCUUUGCCAAGUGCUUUGAGAUCUCGGAUGCGGACACUAAGGAGGUGUUCGCGGGCAAAAUCGUGCCUAAGUCGCUGUUGCUCAAACCGCACCAAAAGGAGAAGAUGUCCAUGGAGAUAUCCAUUCACCGCAGCCUCGCUCACCAGCAUGUCGUCGGCUUCCACGGCUUUUUCGAGGACAACGACUUCGUGUUCGUGGUGUUGGAGCUCUGCCGCCGGAGGUCUCUUCUGGAGCUGCACAAGCGGAGGAAAGCACUCACCGAGCCCGAGGCCCGCUACUACCUGCGGCAGAUCGUGCUGGGCUGCCAGUACCUGCACGGAAACCGCGUUAUUCACAGAGACCUCAAGCUGGGCAAUCUCUUCCUGAACGAGGAUCUGGAGGUGAAAAUAGGGGAUUUUGGACUGGCAACCAAAGUGGAGUAUGACGGGGAACGGAAGAAGACCCUGUGUGGGACUCCUAAUUACAUAGCUCCUGAGGUGCUGAGCAAGAAAGGGCACAGUUUCGAGGUGGACGUGUGGUCCAUUGGGUGCAUCAUGUAUACCUUGUUAGUGGGCAAGCCACCUUUUGAGACCUCUUGCCUAAAAGAGACCUACCUCCGGAUCAAGAACAAUGAAUACAGUAUUCCUAAGCACAUCAACCCCGUGGCCACCUCCCUCAUCAAGAAGAUGCUUCAGCCAGAUCCCACUGCCCGCCCAACCAUUCACGAGCUGCUCAAUGACGAGUUUUUCACUUCUGGCUAUAUCCCUGCCCGCCUCCCCAUCACCUGCCUCACCAUUCCACCGAGGUUUUCGAUCGCUCCCAGUAGCCUGGACCCCAGCAACCGGAAGCCUCUCACCGUCCUCAAUAAAGGCAUGGAGAACCCCAUGCCCGAACGUCCCCGGGAGAAAGAGGAACCAGUGGUGCGAGAGGCCAGUGAGCCUGUCGACUGCCACCUCGGUGACAUGUUGCAGCAGUUGCACAGUGUCAACGCCUCCAAGCCCUCAGAACGGGGGCUGGUGAGGCAAGAGGAGGCCGAGGACCCUGCCUGCAUCCCCAUCUUCUGGGUCAGCAAGUGGGUGGACUAUUCGGACAAGUACGGCCUCGGAUAUCAGCUGUGUGACAACAGCGUGGGGGUGCUCUUCAACGACUCCACGCGCCUCAUCCUCUACAGUGACGGUGACAGCCUGCAGUACAUCGAGCGGGACGGCGCGGAGUCCUACCUCACCGUGAGCUCCCACCCCACCUCCUUGGUAAAGAAGAUCACCCUCCUGAAGUACUUCCGAAACUACAUGAGUGAGCACUUGCUGAAGGCAGGCGCCAACAUCACACCUCGGGAAGGCGACGAGCUGGCCCGGCUCCCCUACCUACGGACCUGGUUCCGCACCCGCAGUGCCAUCAUCCUGCACCUCAGUAAUGGCUGUGUGCAGAUCAACUUCUUCCAGGACCACACCAAACUCAUCCUGUGCCCACUGAUGGCUGCCGUGACCUACAUCGACGAGAAGCGGGACUUCCGCACGUACCGCCUGAGCCUCCUGGAGGAGUACGGCUGCUCCAAGGAGCUGGCCAGCCGGCUGCGCUAUGCCCGCGCCAUGGUGGACAAGCUGCUGAGCUCACGCUCGGCUGCCAACCGCCUCAAGGCCUCCUCAUAG